AUGCUAGACGGCGAAACGAAAACGCAAAUCAUCCGCGAAUACCGCAUCAACGACAAGGAUACAGGCUCUGCCGAGAUCCAGGUCGCGGUACUCACCGAAAACAUCAAGCAGCUCACCGACCAUCUGCGUAUACACCGCAAGGACGUUCAUUCCCGACGCGGUCUGCAGGGUAUGGUUUCGAAACGGCGACGCCUGCUCAACUACCUGAGCAACGAGGACGUCAACCGCUACCAGACACUGAUAGCUAGGCUUGGCCUCCGCCGGUAA